AUGCAAGAGUUUUGUGGUUUCUCACAUGCGCCUUUGUCACCGAAAAAAAAGCCGCUAUCUGAAGAAUUAUUCAAGGAAACGCACAAGAUUUUGUGUACAAACAUCUCCCAUCCAAAGUACGAUACGUCUUGGGAAGAAUAUGCGGAUAUAUACCGCAACGAUGUACGGCAGCCAGAACGUUGUGACAAAUGCUCAACUGACACUGACAAGAUCUGUCUCGGAGUUGAACUUGGAGUUGCGGCUCUGACCCUCUUUUUGAUCAGAGAUAUUGUGUUCGGUGUGGUAUCGGGAGUGAUCGUCGCCCGCAAAGGCACCUCGGAAUUGAGAAUAUGUGAGCUACCAAUGCACAUGACAAACUCCUCACAGCUAUUGACCCACCCAGAAGAAUCAAACGCAGGCUUCGGCGUCAAAGGAAAAGGACGGAAGACCGCAUAUGCGCAUUCUGACAUCUUCACAACCCUUCAUGGACACGAUACGUCCUGGGCCGAGCUAGAUCCUCUCGCCGUACCCCCUACCGUCGAUGGUGCUCUUCGCGGUGUUUUCUCGUGGUUGGUUGCCAUGAAAGUCCUUCUGGAAAAGAACACCCAAGUCCUCCAUGGAUGCAAGUGGGAGAAUAUCGAACCAGUGCAUAAUUUCUACGAAGAAGACGGCGGUAGAGAAGUGCGCGUGACAUCGAGAUUGGCAUUCUGGGCUAAGAAGAGGCUACAGAUCAACGAAUCACGGAAACUCCUGACUUAUGCCUUGGCCCCGCCUGUAUGCGCUGCGUGCGUGCCCUCGCGGGUAACCCUCGCGCGAUUUACGCCGCUCCGCCUGCUGGCUCGCGCCGACGUAAGUGCGAGCGGUGCUCCCGCGGGGGUCACCUCUGCGUGGCCGAUCCGCUCCCCCCGCCUUUAA